AUGACAGAGAGUGAAACUGAUGGAUCCUCAGCAGAGCUGACAGUGCCAAAACAAAAGACGACGGUUUCUAUUGAUGAUUUGUACAGGCGAUCUUCUCAAUAUCAACUAUGGUCUUUCACAAGUGAUGAACUCGACCACGUCAAGAAAUCAACAUAUGAAAAUGGACGAAUGGCAGCUAUAGAACGAUUUGAAGAAACUAAGGAGAAGAUGAGCUUAGAGAAAGGCGAAGUAUUCGCUCAGCAUGCGGAUAAACUCACAUCUGACAAGGUGCUAGAUCUAAUAACGUUCGACGAACAGCAAAAAUACCUUCAAUUCUUCGCCCAGCAGAUUUUGCAAACAUGUGCCCAUUUUCGGAUGCCCACUCAAGUUAAGGCUACAGCUGUUGCUUUUUUUCAGAGGUUUUACCUUCAUAAUUCACCCAUGACGUAUCAUCCCAAGAACAUCGUGUUCACUUGCGUCUUCUUGGCAGCAAAGCUGGAAAACUACUUCAUAUCUAUAGAUUCUUUUUGCAGCCUUCUUCCGAAAACAGAGAAGCUGGACAUUUUGAAUCUAGAAUUUGACGUCUUACAAUCGCUUAGAUUUACCCUUCUAGUUCAUCACCCAUUCAGACCGCUCUACGGUUUCUUCCUUGACCUUCAACAAGUUCUAAUGCAUCCUACACCAGUCAUGUAUGAUGUCAACAUAGACACUAUUGGAACUCUCUAUGAUGAAGCGAAAAAGUGGCUUAAUGAUUAUGCUCUUCUCAGCGAUGUUGCGUUCCUUUUCACACCUCCUCAGAUUGCACUAGCUGCGUUGUACGACUGCAACAAAAGAGUGACUAAUAGAUAUCUCAAGAUCAAGUUCUCGAAAAGUAAUGAUGGGACACAUUUAGAGAGUAUUACUGAAGAAGACCCUGAAGAAACAAGUGAAGGCAAGGGCGAGAAUAUGGACACUAAGGCUACUGAUCCUGAGAAUAAAGUCAGUCAGAAACCACACGGCCAAUCUCCUGUAAAUCUAUAUGAAGAAUUGGUGAAAACUAUUCGAAGAUGCAUAUCUGUUGCGAAAACAAAGAUCGAAACUAGUCGUGAAGAGUGUAUUGAGAUCGAUAAGAAAUGCGUGUACGUUCUCAACCCAGGCAAGGUUCUCAAGAAGAAAUUGAAAGCGUUGUCGAGUGAAACUGUCACAAAUUAG